AUGCAGGUGUCUGCAAUAUUAAUUAAAAAUGAGGAAUUCGAGUACGUGAAUACACCAAGACUUGAAGUUGAUCCAGCAAAAGCUGAUACUGUUUUGGCUGCUAAAAAUUGGGAUAUAAAUGAUAGAAAAGCCAAAGCCGAUAUUGUGUUAUCAAUUUCACCAAGUGAAUUAAAGCAAAUAUAUCAAUCUGCAGGACCAGCUAGAAUAGCAGGUCAAAUAAAUUGUUAUAAUAAUAAAAAUAAUGAAAAACAAACAACUGGUUUUCCAUUUAAAUGUGGUUAUUGUGGUGUGCGAGGUCACAAGUUUGUUGAUUGUCCUGAAAGAAAAGAAAGAAGAACAGAGAGAGCUGAGAAUAUUGAAGUAGUUGGUUUCAAUAUAGCUGAAGAAUUUGUUAUGAAGUCAACGUCACCCGAUGAUGACAAAAAUAAAUUUUGGUGCUUGGAUAGUGGGUGCUCAUCUCACAUGUGUAAUGAUGAUAAACAAUUUGAGUAUGUUAACACGUGCAAUGAAAUAAACUUAUGGUUAGCUAAUAGUGCAACAACACAAGUUGAUUUUCGUGGUUUGGUAGAAUUGAAUUUAAAUGAUCCAACUGGAGAACAAAAAAUAUUUAAAUUAACUAAUACUUUAUUUGUAUCCGACUUGAAAACGAAUUUGUUAUCAGUGAGUAAAAUAACAGAAAAUAAUUUUGAUGUGUUAUUUGCAAAUGAUCAUGCAGAAAUUCGUGAUAAAUGUGGUAAUGUUAAAUUGAGUGCGAAAAAAGUAAAAGGGUUGUAUUAUAUCGGUAAUAAUUAA